UUGUGGGCGCUGGGCUCUCGCGUUGCGCUGUCGACGAGAGCAAAGGAGCUGCUUCCGCCUCGCACCGCGCGCGAUUCUGCAGUGCCGCGGCGGCACUGAUGCCAUUUCCGUAGCGUUUGGGCUGCCCAAGGCAGCAACCACUUGCUAGGAUGGGCGCCGGCGCCAGCUUCAUCGACGUCGAGGAGCUCACAGAGGCUCUGGAGCAGGACUUCGCCCGCGUCGUCCCGCGCACGCCGCGCGGCAGCCUCGACGUCGCGAGCUGCGACCGCGGCAAGGUGCGAAAAGUCGUGGACGGCGCGAACGAGCGCAUCAAGGAGCGCUACGUCGCGGGGUGGCAGUCGUACACGGCGAGGAAGGGCGCCGCCGUCGACGAACUGCGCGACGCGUGCGCCGCGCUGGUGGAAGACUUCCACGAGGCGGAGCCGCGGUGCGCGCUGCCCGCGAACACCCCCAGCGCGCUCGUCGACAUGGCGAGCCGCCACGGCGCCGCGCUGCAUGCGGCCCUCGAGGGACUCGUGACGAAGGCGGGCGGCGAGUACGUGCACGGACCAACGAAAAAGGUGGAGCGCAUCAAGGACAAGGCGGAGAACGACUACGAGGGCGACGUGGCGCGAGUAGUUGAUGUCGAGCGCGCCACGGGUCUCUUCGACUCGCUGGAAGCCCUGAACACGGCUGCCUCGGCGUUUCGCGGGACGAUCGACGGGCUCACCGUCCGGCGCUGCAAGGACGCGUUCUUCGCGCACAAGCACGACUCGGGCUAUCGAGAUAUGAAGUUGUUCGUCGAGGUGGCGGACACGGGAUUCAUAGGUGAACUCCAGCUCAAUUUGCGUCAAAUCCAAAACAUCAAGGGUCACGCCCACAAGGUCUACGACGUGGAACGCGUGCUCGAAAAAGGAACCGACGAGGCGCUCCGGCGCGCCAUCGACGGUCUGGACCUCGAGAGCGAGCAGGUGCUGUGUCUAGCGGCGGACGGCGGGCAGUCGAUCCUGGACGCGUGCGGCCACGUCGUGGUGCUCGAGGAUGCCUUGGACGAGGCCUUGCCCGCGGGUUGCGAAGUGGCGAACGUGUACAACGCCGGCGGCGCGGUCCACGCGCACGUUCGGCUAGGCAUCGCCGACGUUUGCGCCCUCGCCCGGCUGCGCGACGCCGUGCUCUUCGAGGGCUCCUUCGAGACCGCGAUCAACGCCGCGCUCCCCCACGACGCCUCUCAGCUCGCGGAGAAGCUCGCAACGAGCGACAAGAUGAAGGAGCUGGGCUUUAGCGCGUCGAUGAGCCAGAGCGGCAGGUGUCUGCUAAAAAACGAGCGCUUCCUCGCGGGAGACUCCGACAGUUCUCUGGGCGCGCCGCCGGACGCAAAGAUCCGAGUCGAGAGCGUCGAUGUCCACGUAGACCGGGGCGCGUUCAUGGAGUGCUACGCGCGGAUCAUGAUGCGGUUCGCGAAGCUGACGAUGCAUCAGCGCGAGAAGCUCACGGAAGUGCGAGGCGCAAAGGUCGCGGUGCUGCUCGCACCCGCGGGCGGUGGGAAGACCUUCGUUGCUGUCCAACGUGUGGUGCAGGUGCUGAAUGAAGAUCCCGAUGCGACGGUCCUUUUCGUGGCGCGAAACGAAGCGCUGGCGCUCUUUGUCUGCAAGUGGCUCGUCGUCGCGUCGCGCAAGUCUGCCGAGCAUGUUGUGGAGCGCGUGCACGUGUUGGUGGCGCCGUUUUCGAGUGGGCCGCGGCGCGUCCACGUCGAGGCGGCGGGCGGGCGACGGCGGCUCAUGUUUGGGAAUUCGCGUGUCGAGGCCACGACGUACGCGCUCAUCGUCGUCGACGAGGCCCACCACCUCGUGGGCGACUCCUCGCUUCGAUCGGAGCUCGCGGAGCUUGGUGCUGCCGAAUCGAGCCUCUUGUUCCUCGGCGACGCCUCGCAGGCGACGGCAGCGAUGCAAAGUCCGGAUGAGAUCGCGCGCUCGCUCGUGGAACUGCCACAGGAGCAGGACGUCGUCGUGGCGACGCUAUCCGAGGUCGUCCGUUCGACGAAGCGCAUUGUCGCGGGCGCCGCCGCGUUCCAGCUCGAGGCCGGGCGCAAAGCCGAGACGUCGACGCAUUCGGCAUCAGCGGGGCCGCCGCUCGUGGCGAGGGUCUUUACGACAUCUGAAGGCGACGAUGCCGGCGAGACCUAUGCGCGCGAGGUCGUCGAGGCGCUGGCGGCCAUCCGGCGCCAGCUCGUGGAUUUGGAGGACCUGGAUGACCGCGUGGCGGUCGUCGGGCCAGAUGAAGCAUUUAUUGAGAAGCUCCGCGAGCCGCUCGCUCGCGCUCUGGGAGGAUUCGAGCUCGUCGACGCGGCGACGGCGAGCGCGGUCUUGCCGCGCGGUGACACCGAGGCGCGCGCCGCCGACGCGAAGCAGCUGCUUGUUGUCGAUAGUGUGGAUAACAUGGACGGUUUGGAACGGCUCGUCGUUAUUUGCGUUGGACUGGACCAAGUCAUCGAUCGCGGCGCGGGCGUGCUCGAGACGCGGUCGCGUUUGUAUCGCGCGAUGACGCGCGCGCAGCUCGCGGUUGCUGUCGUGAAUGAAGCGUUGCCGGGCGGGUGGCUCGAGUUCCUGGGGCGCGUCGAGCUGGUCGCUGGUGGAGGUUAUAGUGAUGCCGCGGAGCGCGGGAAUCGGGCGGAGACGGCGGCGGACGAUGUUGUCGGUGCUGUGGUUGAAGAGACUUCGGCACCCGUUGCGACUCAUGGCGACGCUACUGCUGUUAGCAAAGCGUCUUCGGCACCUGCGCGCGGUAGUGACGGCGCACAGGAGGCGUCACCAAACGGCGCCGUCGACGCGCCUGUGGCGGAAAAGGCUGCAGUCGACGCGGACGCCGCCACCACCCCGUCGGAACCCGAACCGAUGAAGGUGCUGCAGUCGAUCUGGGACGCGAGCGCGGUCGCGACGGUGGCGCGCGGCGACCUGCGGUUCAUGCCGUUUUUCGAACUCGAUCCAUCGAAGCUCGUCGAGCUGCGGACGCUGGAAGGGCACUCGGACAGAGUGCGUUGCGGCGUCCGCUGUACUUUUGUGAUGAUCUGUCGUCGUCGUAGGUCCGGGGCGUUGCCGUGUUUCUUGACGGGCGGCGCAUCGUGUCUGCGUCGGACGACAAGACGCUCAAGGUGUGGGACAUCGCGACCGGCGUAUGCGUGGCGACGCUGGAAGGACACUCUGAGAGAGUGCGUUGCGGCGUCCACUGUACUUUUGUGAUGAUCUGGCUUCGUCGUAGGUCUGGGGCGUUGCCGUGUUUCCGGACGGGCGGCGCGUCGUUUCUGCGUCGUACGACAACACGCUCAAGGUGUGGGACGUGGCGACCGGCGAGUGCGUGGCGACGCUGAAAGGGCACUCGGAUUACGUGCGUUGCGGCGUCCGCUGUACUUUUGUGAUGAUCUGGCUUCGUCGUAGGUCUGCUGCGUUGCGGUGUUUCCGGACGGGCGGCGCGUCGUGUCUGCGUCGAUUGACAAUACGCUCAAGGUGUGGGACGUGGCGACCGGCGAGUGCGUGGCGACGCUGGAAGGGCACUCGAACGACGUGCGUUGCGGCGUCCGCUGUACUUUUGUGAUGAUCUGGCUUCGUCCUAGGUCUAUUGCGUUGCCGUGUUUCCGGACGGGCGGCGCGUCGUGUCUGGGUCGUUCGACAACACGCUCAAGGUGUGGGACCUCGAGACCGGCAAGUGCGUGGCGACGCUGGAAGGGCACUCGAGAGACGUGCGUUGCGGCGUCCACUGUACUUUUGUGAUGAUCUGGCUUCGUCGUAGGUCCGCGGUGUUGCCGUGUUUCCGGACGGGCGGCGCGUCGUGUCGGGGUCGUACGACAAGACGCUCAAGGUAUGGGACGUGGCGACCGGUAAAUGCGUGGCGACGCUGCAAGGGCACUCUAACAGAGUGCGGCGCGGCGUCCGCUGUACUUUUGUGAUGAUGCGUCUUCGUCGUAGGUCCGCGGCGUCGCCAUUUCUCCGGACGGGCGGCGCGUCGUGUCUGCGUCGUGGGACAAGACGCUCAAGGUCUGGGACGUGGCGACCGGCGAGUGCGUGGCGACGCUGGAAGGGCACUCGGAUUACGUGCGUUGCGGCGUCCACUGUACUUUUGUGCUGAUGUGUCUUCGUCGUAGGUCUAUGGCGUUGCCGUGUCCCCGGACGGGCGGCGCGUCGUGUCUGCGUCGGGCGACAAGACGCUCAAGCUGUACGCGUGCUAGGGCUCUAACUUCUAGUUGAGGCCACACGCCAUCGCCGCAGACACUAGAAACAUAGACUUAGGAGACUACUUCAGCCGCUCGAUGAGCUGGCUCAGCUUGUUCUCGUCCGCGCCCGAGAAGCGCUCGAUCUCCUUCCCGCCCUUGAAGAACACGAAGGUCGGCAUCGACGAGACGCCGUGCGCCUGCGACACGGGCUUCGCGGCGUCGACGUCGACGGCGUAGAAGCCGACGCCGCCGUAUCUAUCGGAUAUUCAGGUGAUUGUUACGGUGCUAGGACUAGUGGGCGGAGCCCCUAGUAAAAAUUCAGCAGGCCGCGGCCGGGCGAUGCGCGCGCGCGGCGCGUUGGCCGUCGCGAGCUUCCUUCUCGUGGAAGAGCUGUAAUCUACGCGGUGAAAGGGAGCUGGAGGAGUGCCUGCUCCAUCGAGGCGCGAGCGCGCGUGCGGGGCCCCGCAGGAUUUUCGAGGCGGAACGCCUCCGGUCUCGCGUCUCCGCGGGGCCCCAACGGCUGCCCCACAGAACUCAGUAACGCUCCUCUCGCGAGCACCACUUGCGUGGGCAGGCCGCCUGCCACCGCUGGGCUGCCCUUUCAUCUGAACAGAUGGAGGUAUCAUAAGCGCUGGGAUGUCGGGCUUUGAACGCGGCGACGACCGCGCGACGAUGCUCAAGCGCCAUGAGGACACGUCCAAGGUCGUCCAAGGCGGCCUCAUGGCCGUGAGCGCCCUGCUCUCGUUGGGCAGCAACCUCCCGCUCGUCGGCCAGCUCUGCGAGGCGGCUAAGGGCUGCCUCGACUCGGCGGAGGAGUUCAAAAGCAAAGCAAAAGAUGUCACCAUCGCGGCGCGGCGGGUCUGCGACGUCUUGGAUAUUGUGUAUCUAAUGGCGCAGAACGUCGACCGCCUCGAAGAAAAGGCGCUCGUGGAGUCGAAGAUGCGGAGAUUGGUGGACUUGCUCGUCAAGUUCAACGCGGCGGUGCGAAAGUUCGGGAAGAAGGGCUGGAUGAAGCGCGCCUGGACGAUGCGCGGCCACGUCGAAUCGCUGACCUCCCUCGACAAGGAGAUCGUGUCGCAGCUCGACGUGUUCCGCGACGCCUACCGCUUCGCGAGGGACAAGGACAUGAUCCAGCGCACCUACAACAUCGAGGCGUCCAUGAACCAGCUCGUCGAGGCGCGCGUCCGCGAGACCGGCGAGCCCGAGGGAACGGUGGUGGCGGUGCUCUCGAACGACCCCGUCGCGAUCGCGUCGGUCGCGGUCGACGCGGACCUACCGGCGGCGGAGCUUGCGAGCGAGCUGAGCGAGGUCAGGGAGAGCCUCGACGGUCUGAACAAGAAGAUGCAAAAUAUGCUCGACUGCAAGCAGGGUGACCGCGCGAAGAUCGCCAAGGUGUUAGCUGCCGUAAAAGCGGCCGUGGCGCGCGACGAGAAGCUGCUGGCCGCCGUCCAAGACGGCAGUAAGAAGCUCGACGACCACGCGAAACGCUCCGCCUCGUAUCACGCCGAGACUACGGACGGCAUCAACGAGCUCAAGGCCAAGAUCGAUGCGCUGCAAAUGAAUGAGGCGACGAUCCAGGACCAGUACGUGUACGACCCGUACGACUCGGAUGACUCGGACCAGGAGGCGUCGCUAUUGGGGUGGGGCUCCUUCGGGUCGACACAUAGAAUGAAAGGCAGGGAGGAUGGGCGCGUAUGCGCCGUCAAGCUCAUCAACAUCAAAAGGGCGGGCGUCGGCGUCGAGAAGCUGCGGGAAGAGGCCGCGCGGCUCUCGAUGCUGGAUCAUCCGAACAUCGUCAACUACUUCACGGCCUACCGCUUCAAGAAGAACAGAUUCUUCGCCAUCGUCAUGGAACUUUUGAAGGGCGGCUCGCUGCUAGAGCGCCUCCAACGGGCGUCCGGGCCGCUCACGAGCGACACAGGCGAGCGCGCGGCAGCUACUGAGAAAUGGACGACGGAGGUCGCGUCGGCCCUGGCGCACAUGCACGAGCAACGGAUGCAGCACCGCGACCUCCAUCCCGGCAACGUGCUCUUUGACGGGACCGGCGUCGCGAAGAUCAUCGACCUCGGGCUGGCCACAGUUCUCGUUGCAAAGUCCAAGGUCUCUCCGGCGAGCGGCGCAAACAAGGUCGGCGCUGAAAUGUACCGAUCCCCGGAGAAGGCGAUGGGCAGAGGGUACGACGGCAAGGACGACGUCUGGGCCCUGGGCUGCAUGCUCGGCGGGGGUGUCACGGGGAGGCUGGUGGAGAAUCGCUGUCCGGGCGUCUUUGCGCUCGACCCCAAGGCCGUGAAGGCGCUCGUCGAGGAGACCAGCGCAGCGUCGACCAAGUUCGGCGGCCUCGUCGCCGCGAUGCUCGAGCGUAAUCCGAUGGAGCGGCCCACGGCGCAGGACGUUGUGCGAUAUUUCCGGCGCGGGGCGGCGCUCCCGACCGUCCCGGGCGGCGGCGCGAUCGUCGAGGAGGAGGAAGAGGAGGAGGAGCAAAAAAUCGACCUGUCCAAGCUCGCCUUAGUGCGGACGCUGGAAGGGCACUCCGACUACGUGCGUUGCGGCGUCCGCUGUACUUUUGUGAUGAUCUGGCUUCGUCGUAGGUGUGGGGCGUUGCCGUGUUUCCGGACGGGCGGCGCGUCGUGUCUGCGUCGGGCGACAAGACGCUCAAGGUCUGGGACGUGGCGACCGGCGAGUGCGUGGCGACGCUGAAAGGGCACUCGGAUGCCGUGCGUUGCGGCGUCCGCUGUACUUUUGUGAUGAUGUGUGUUCGUCGUAGGUCUCGAGCGUUGCCGUGUUUCCGGACGGGCGGCGCGUUGUUUCUGCGUCGUGGGACAAGACGCUCAAGGUCUGGGACGUGGCGACCGGCAAAUGCGUGGCGACGUUGCAAGGGCACUCUGAGAGAGUGCGUUGCGCGGCGUCCGCUGUACUUUUGUGAUGAUCUGGCUUCGUCGUAGGUCUUUUGCGUUGCGGUGUUUCCGGACGGGCGGCGCGUCGUGUCUGCGUCGUGGGACAAGACGCUCAAGGUAUGGGACGUGGCGACCGGCAAAUGCGUGGCGACGCUGCAAGGGCACUCUAACAGAGUGCGUUGCGGCGUCCGCUGUACUUUCGUGAUGAUCUGGCUUCGUCGUAGGUCAGGGGCGUUGCCGUGUUUCCGGACGGGCGGCGCGUCGUGUCUGCGUCGGGCGACAACACGCUCAAGGUGUGGGACGUGGCGACCGGCAAAUGCGUGGCGACGCUGGAAGGGCACUCGGGCGAGGUG